AUGGCUUCCUCUUGUCGUGUCUUUUUAUAUGGAAUUCUGUAUGCUGAUCUUACUUGUUUUAUCUGUCUUCUUAUGUUGGUUUUGCCCAUCGCUGACUCGUUGUAUUUUCAAGUACCUCGCUUUGAUUCUGAUGCCAAAGACGUAGUCUAUGUAGGAGAUGCAGAGCCUUCUUUUGGAGCUGUGGAUUUCAACAGUGUCGUGUACUGCUGUCGUGUUGGGCAGGUCCUUUAUAAGGAGAAAGUUCCCUUAUGGGACUCUAAUUCAGGGAAGCUAACAGAUUUUGUUACGCGUUUCUCUUUUGUAAUAGACACCCAAGGUUUUGUCCCCUAUGGCCAUGGCCUUGCUUUCUUUCUUGCUCCAGUUGGUUUCACUAGUCCACUUAACUCGGCUGCAGGUUUUCUAGGUCUGUUUAACACAACAACUAGUGAUAGUUCAUCCCAAGGCCCAAUGAUUUCUGUAGAGUUUGAUUCCUUCUCUAACCGUGAGUGGGACCCUCCAGUUGAGCAUGUAGGGAUUAACAAGAAUUCCCUUUCUUCGCUUAAUUACGUUCCUUGGAAUGCUAGUUUGCACAGUAAAGAUACUACUAAUGCUUGGGUUUCUUAUAAUGCUACUACUAAGAAUCUCAGUGUCUUUUGGACCUAUGAAAGGAACCCAAAUUUUCAAGGAAAUUCCAGUCUUUCGUAUCAAAUUGAUCUUAAGGACGUUCUUCCUUCAUGGGUCACAAUCGGCAUCUCAGCUUCCACUGGCCAGUUCAUGGAGAGACAUAUCCUUCAGUACUGGGAGUUCAGGUCUAGCUUAGAUAUAAAAGAGAAAAGUGAAGAGGCUCCGGAAAAAGUGAAGCUGGCAGUGGGCUUAGCAGUGCCAUUAGGUGUUCUAUUAGCAGGAGCCAUGGUAGCAUAUGCAAUUUGGUUGAGGAGUCACAGGAGAUCUACUGGGGAAACAUUAGAUACAGUCAACUUAUCCUCAAAUACAAUUAAUGAUGACCUCGAAAGAGGAGCAGGACCUAAAAGAUUUCCUUACAGAGAUCUUGCUCUGGCUACAAAUAACUUCUCCGAUGACCUGAAGUUGGGCGAAGGAGGUUUUGGCUGCGUUUACAGGGGAUAUCUCACUCGUGAACAAAAGGUGGUUGCAGUUAAAAAAAUUUCGAGGGGAUCCAAACAAGGGAAGAAGGAAUAUAUAACAGAAGUUAAGAUCAUAAGCAGUUUGAGGCACCGAAACUUGGUACAACUCAUAGGUUGGUGCCAUGAAAAAAAUGAAUUUUUACUAGUCUACGAGUUUAUGCCAAAUGGUAGUCUCGAUUCUCAUCUUUUUGGGAAAAUGGAUCCCCUUGCUUGGCCUGUGAGGUACAAGAUAUCAUUAGGUUUGGCUUCUGCUUUGCUCUACCUUCACGAGGAGUGGGAGCAAUGUGUGGUACAUCGAGACAUUAAAUCAAGCAAUGUCAUGCUAGACUCGGGGUUUAAUGUCAAGCUCGGAGAUUUUGGAUUAGCUCGACUUAUGGACCAUGAGUUAGGUCCACAGACGACCGGCCUAGCAGGAACUUUAGGAUACAUGGCACCUGAGUACGUUAGAACUGGUAAAGCUAGCAAGGAAUCAGAUGUAUAUAGUUUUGGGGUGGUUGCAAUAGAAAUUUGUUGUGGAAGAAAGGCUAGGGAUUGCGUUGAUGGGAAUUCGGAGAUAGGCCUGGUGGAUUGGGUUUGGCAUUUGCAUGGAAGAGGAGAAAUUCUUCUAGGAGUGGAUGAGAGACUGAAAGGGGAUUUUGAUGCAGAGCAAGCUAAAUGCUUGAUGAUGGUAGGAUUAUGGUGUGCUCAUCCUGAUCGAAGUCUGAGGCCAUCAAUAAGGCAAGCGAUUCAAGUCCUUAACUUUGAGGCCCAUGUGCCAAAUCUUUCGAUGAACAUGCCUGUUGUCAGCUACCAUGCAUCAGCUACCCCAACAAGCAGUUCAGGAGAUCCAUUCUUAACUUCUUCGAGUAUCAAUAUAGGUCGUUAAACAAUACCUUUUCCCGUAAAGAUUUAGCGUUCCUAGUUGUAUAUUUCCUCUAAAU